UUUCAGACGAUGACUCAGCAGCAGCAGUGACAUUCCUGCUGCUCUGUGUGACGGUGCUGCUGCUGCUGCUGCUCGGUCGCUAAACAGGAACUUGGUGCCUCUGUGACACAACCGAAACAAGUUUCGACGAGGAUUCACCUUUGAAUCGAUUGUGAUUUUGGUUCUCGCUGGACUCCGAAUGGAGCCGACAAAUCUACAGAAAGCUAUUGCCAUAGCACAAAAGGCUUCAGAGGAGGACCAGGCUGAGAACUACGAGGAGGCCAUCCGCAACUACGAACAUGCCGUCAAGUAUUUUCUGCACAUCUUAAAACGAGAACCUCAGGGUAAAGACGGCAACCAGAAGAUCAGGGACAAAUGUAAACAGUACCUGGACAGAGCGGAAGAACUUCGGGAGUACCUAGCGAACAAACAGAAAGCAAUCGAUCUUGCUACCAAGGCUGCACAGGAGGAUAAAGCUCAGAACUAUGAGGAGGCUCUGCAUCUCUACCAAAGUGCUGUCCAGUACUUCCUCCAUGUCAUGAAAUAUGAUGCUCGGGGUGAAAAGGCUAAAAGCUCCAUCAGGGACAAGUGUGCUGAAUACUUGGACAGAGCAGAGAAGUUGAAGCAGUAUCUGAAGAAAAAGGAGAAGGCUCCACCUGCCAAACCCGUUAAAGAGUCUGAUGACAAAGGAAGUGAAAGCGACGAUGGUGAAGACCCAGAAAAAAAGAAGUUCCAGAAUCAACUCUCAGGUGCAAUUGUUAUGGAGAAACCAAACAUCAAGUGGGAUGAUGUUGCUGGUUUAGAGGGAGCCAAGGAAGCACUGAAAGAAGCAGUCAUUCUUCCAAUUAAGUUCCCCCACCUCUUUACAGGAAAAAGAACUCCGUGGAAGGGGAUUUUGCUCUUUGGACCUCCAGGUACCGGAAAGUCGUACCUGGCUAAAGCUGUUGCUACAGAGGCAAACAAUUCAACCUUCUUCUCCAUCUCAUCGUCGGACCUUGUUUCCAAAUGGCUAGGAGAGAGUGAAAAGUUGGUGAAGAAUCUUUUUGAGAUGGCAAGCUCGAACAAGCCAUCCAUCAUCUUCAUUGAUGAGAUCGAUUCUCUGUGUGGAUCCAGAAGUGAGAAUGAGAGUGAGGCUGCUCGCCGCAUAAAGACAGAGUUCCUGGUCCAGAUGCAGGGUGUGGGGAAAAGCACUGAGGGCAUCCUGGUGCUCGGCGCAACAAACAUCCCCUGGACCUUAGACUCCGCCAUCAGAAGGAGAUUUGAGAAGAGGAUCUACAUCCCGCUCCCUGAGGAGCACGCCCGCACCUACAUGUUCAAACUCAACCUGGGCUCCACUCCCCACAGUCUCACUGAAGCCGACUUCAUCAGUCUGGGGAAGAAGACUGAGGGGUACUCGGGCGCAGACAUCAGUAUCAUUGUGAGAGAUGCUUUAAUGCAGCCUGUUAGGAAAGUCCAGUCAGCCACCCACUUCAAAAGGGUACGAGGGCCAUCGCGGAGUGACAGCAAUGUGAUUGUGGAUGACCUCUUGACCCCUUGCUCCCCCGGUGACCCCAAUGCUCUUGAAAUGACAUGGAUGGAGGUACCCGGGGAGAAGCUACUAGAACCUGUAGUUUGCAUGGGUGACAUGAUGAGGUCUUUGGCAAACACAAAGCCAACAGUUAAUGAGCAAGACCUGGAGAAGCUGAAAAAGUUCACAGAUGACUUUGGACAAGAAGGCUAGGUGGGAUCUUUCAGGGAAAACCAAAGUAAAGGAGUUGUGAUUGUAUCUCUUUACUGUCCUCAUCAUUUAUUCAGUCUUUGUCUCACCGCAACAUUCACCAGCUCUUUAUUUAUAAGUCAGCAUGUGAUUGCUGUUUAAACUGUACAUCACUCAAAAGCUGAAAUUCUACAACUGUUAUUCUGAUAUAUUGUUUAGGUCUCACACCUGCAGUUGACAAAAUGAAAGGAUCACUAUAACUUGAGAAUAUGGAGUGUUUUGUGAUUUGUCUUGGGUUCAUCCUACAGCCAAAAUGUACUAAUGAGCAGAUACUGUUGCAAAUGCAGUUACUGAAAGUAAAAUGCCAGAUUUUUUUUUAUUUUAUUAUUUUUACAUUAGCUCUCAUCCUCAUUGUCAUCACAGUGUGUAACUCACUUGACUAAUAACUGCUCCACAUAUUGUCUAUUUCGCUUUAUGUUUAAAGACAAGCAUUUUAUAGUAUAUAGCAACUACUUUUUAGAAAUUCAUAAGACUUUGGGAAUGACACAGUACAUUGCAAUUUUUGUGAACUCAUAGGAUUUUUGUGGCUAAUUGUCUGUUGUCAAGGUGGUGGACAGAAUUUU